AUGUCUGGACGUAUACUUGAUGCUUUCAAGCCUUUUGAAGCUUUCUUACCAGAAGUUAUCGCUCCUGAAAGAAAAGUUCCAUAUAACCAAAAAUUAAUUUGGACUGGUGUUUCAUUAUUAAUUUUCUUGGUUUUAGGUCAAAUUCCAUUAUAUGGUAUCGUUUCAAGUGAAACUGCCGAUCCACUUUAUUGGUUACGUGCAAUGUUAGCUUCAAAUCGUGGUACUCUAAUGGAAUUAGGUGUUACUCCAAUUAUUACCUCUUCAAUGAUAUUCCAAUUUUUGCAAGGUACUCAAUUGUUACACGUUGAUAUGCAAAAAAAGGAAGAUCGUGAAUUAUUUCAAAUCGCUCAAAAAGUCUGUGCUAUCGUCUUAACUUUUGGUCAAGCUGUUGUCGUCGUAGCUACAGGUAAUUACGGUAAGCCAAGUGAUUUGGGUUUGGCUAUUUCUUUGAUCUUAAUCUUUCAAUUGAUCUUCGCAUCUUUUAUCGUUCUAUUGUUAGAUGAAUUGUUAUCAAAGGGUUACGGUUUAGGUUCUGGUAUCUCUUUAUUCACAGCUACCAACAUUGCCGAACAAAUCUUCUGGAAAGCUUUUGCUCCAACUACUGUCGACACUGGACGUGGUGUUGAAUUCGAAGGUGCUGUCAUCGCUUUCUUCCAUUUGUUAGCUGUUAGAAAGGAUAAGAAGAGAGCUUUGGUUGAAGCUUUCUACAGACAAAACUUACCAAAUAUGUUCCAAGUUAUGUCUACAAUCUUUGUAUUUUUAUUCGUUCUAUACUUGCAAGGUUUCCGUUACGAAAUUCCAAUUAGAUCUACUAAUGUCAGAGGUCACUUUGGUUCUUAUCCAAUUAAGUUAUUUUACACUUCUAACACUCCAAUCAUGUUGCAAUCAGCUUUGUCUUCAAAUAUCUUUUUGAUUUCUCAAAUGUUGUACCAAAAAUUCCCAAGCAACCCUUUUAUUCGUUUAUUAGGUGUCUGGGGUGUUAAACCAGGUACUCAAGGUCCACAAGUUGCCUUAAGUGGUUUAUCUUAUUACAUUCAACCACCAUUAUCUUUGAAAGAAAUUCCAUUGGAUCCAAUUAAGAUCGCUGUUUACAUCGCCUUCGUCUUGGGUUCAUGUGCCAUCUUCUCAAAGACCUGGAUUGAAAUCUCUGGUACCUCUCCUCGUGACGUUGCCAAGCAAUUCAAAGAUGAAGGUUUGGUUAUUAAUGGUAAGAGAGAAAGCAACGUCUACAAAGAAUUAAAGAAGAUUAUUCCAACUGCCGCUGCUUUCGGUGGUGCCACUAUCGGUGCUUUAUCAGUUGGUUCAGAUUUCUUAGGUACUCUAGGUUCUGGUACUUCCAUCUUGAUGGCAACAACUACUAUUUACGGUUACUACGAAAUGGCCGCUAAAGAAGGUGGUUUCUCUAAGAGUUUAGUUGCCGGUGUCUCCGAAUUGAUGUAA